AUGUGGGUCUCAAAAACGGUCUCUACCUUAGCCUCUGGAGGUUCCCUGACGAGGCUCCCGCCGUGUCGCGAGACGUUCCGCUUUUCCCGUUUUAUGAGCCUUCGCGUCGUGCCGCCCCUGGCUUUGCUCGGGACCCCCUCCCCCUCUUUUACAAGACGCUUCCAAAGCACGCGGGUGAUGAACAGCACAGGGGACCCUGAGCCUUCCUUGUGUCACCCUUCCCCGUCUUCGUCCUCUUCGACAUCCCCGAUGCAACCUCUCUAUAAGUCGUCACACCGCGGGCGUGGCGAGGUCGCGAUGCCGAGGCCGCAAUCGCCUGCCCAACCUUUCAUCAAGCCCCCUGCGGGGCGGGGGAUGCUCCCGACGCGUUCCUCCUGCGCAGAGGACGUCGGACCCGUCCCUGACCGCCCCCUCACCCCUCUCCAGAAAAGACAGCUCCUUUUCAAGGAUAAGGCGGCCUUCGUGCUCACCCCACAGGCCCUUCGGCGUUUGAAGUAUUUAAUCUCACAAUAUCAUCGGCAACAUCCUGGCAAGGGCUCGAAGGAGGCAGAGGAGGGGGAGAGUUGUGGUGGCUCCGAGAAAGCGCCCUCUGGGAUUCGGAUCGGUGUGCGUCGUCGUGGAUGUAGCGGGUAUAGCUAUACCGUAAAUUACUACUUUGACAGCGAGGAUCAUUCUCAUAAUCGUACGGAGGGGGAAGGUAAGAAAGCGUCGGAUUCGUUAACAGCGGCAGGUUUGGGAAGAAUGAAGGGAGGGGCACGUAAUGGAGGACUUUGUGAUGUCACCGUCGAGCAGGAUGGCGUAAAAGUUGUGGUUGAUGGCAAUGCGUUGUUUUAUGUUCUCGGUACGGAGAUGGAUUACGUCGUUCGUAAUGUCGAGGAAAAAUUCACGUUUAAGAAUCCUAAUCAAAAACAUAGUUGUGGGUGUGAGGAAAGCUUUAUGCCAUUCGGCGAGGAAGACCUCAACGACGAUUGA